UCUCCUUUGACGUCAGGGGGGAAACAGUUUGGGGGCAGACCCGCCGGACGUCUCCCUCAACAGGCAACGUGAACACGGACGAUUCCCGGUGAAAAGACCCCCAGUCGACCCGGGACACUUAAACCCAGACUGGAUUAUCACCGGCUGCUGUUAUUCUGGAAACUUCCGCGGCUCACGGAGCGCCAUGUAGCUCAGAGAAACACCGGAUACGACUGCCGUUACCAGGCGAAAGACUUCCGUUAAGAAGCCCGGAGAGGGGAAACCGUUUCGGUCGAUAUUUACCGGAAAGCGUCGGCAUGUAGCGGCUCAGUGUUCAGGCUGUCCACCAUGAAGAAGCGAGCCAAGAAGGUGCUGGAGGUGGAGGAGACCUUGUGCUGCUGCGAGUAUGUGAACAGAUUCGGAGAGCGCAGCCACGUGGCAGCCUGCUGCUGUGACUGUGAGGACCUGGAUGACGCCUGCGACAGGUUUCUGAAGAGGGAGCCUCAGAAACCUGAAUCUCUGUCCCAUGUGGCGGCAGUUGUCACAGACCGUAUCCGUGUACCCUGGCUAUGGGGUGGAGCCCGAAAAGUGGAGCUGUCCGUCAUCCCUCCUCUUGUCCUCCUUCCUGUCCUGCUGCACCUCGCUGCUCUACACUUCCUGCUCGGCAUGGUGACUCUGACAGCUCUGCCCGGCCUGGUGCUGUGGUACUACUACUUCACCCACCGCAAGAAGGGACAGACACUCUUCUUCCUCAGCUUGGCCCUCUUCUCGCUGGCGUACAUGUACUACUUGUUCAUCACUGAGGUGCUUCCCCGCGGGGAAGUUGGUCAGCUCCAGCUGACGGUGGUAACCGUCGGGGUCAUACUCACCCUGGUGGCCCUUGUCCACACCAAGAGAGGACCUGGCAUUGUGAGGUCAAACCAAGAGUCCGUCCACAGCACCGUGACAUAUUACCGCCCCCUGGCAGAAAAAGACCCUGCCGUCAACGGCGGGCGGCAGGAUGUGACGAUGACAGUAGCCAACCGGGCGGGAUCGCCAGAGCACGCAGGGGUGGAGCUGAAGGAAAGCAGCCGCAGGAACUGGUGUCCGGUGUGCAGGGUGAUGCGGCCCCCAAGGGCGGGACAUUGUCGGAUCUGUGGUGUCUGCGUGCUGCGUCUCGACCACCACUGUGUCUGGAUAAACAGCUGUGUGGGGCAGGCCAAUCACCGCAGCUUCCUGCUUACGCUCGUCCUCUUCCUGUCGACCUCGCUGUACGGGAUCAGCCUGGUGCUGCAGAGUGUGUGUCCGAAUCAACGCCUCGUCAUCGCCCUGCUCUACUGCCCGGGGGUCUACGAUCAGUACAGCACUGCACUUUGCUUCACCUGCUGCUGGUACAGCAGCAUUGUGACCUGCGGGCUGCUCCACCUGCUGCUGGUGCAGGUCAUCAAUGUGAGCUACAACGUAACUGAGCGCGAGGCUCGCGCAGCCCUGAGAGACAAAACUGCUCGCAGCGCCUACUGGGGGCUCGUCGUGGACACUGGUGUCUACUCCCGAGGUUUCCGUGGCAACUGGGAAGAGUUCAUGACUAUGGGAGAAAAACUGAAUCCACCCUCUCCCAUCCCAACAGACCUGGUUGCCUUGCUGGGAGUCGGCAUACAAGAGAGUACAUGUGAGAAUGAGUAAUCUGUUCUGAUCCUCGUAGGGACAUUUUUCAACAAGAUGACGCCUGUGGAGUCGGUCAGUCCUGCACAAAACGUCUUUUCAAGGAUGUUCUCUCUGCACACUUUGUCCUCCACAAACACUUAUCUGUGGUGUUCACAAAGCAGGGUACCUAUUUGGACUUGAUGUGUCAUGGAUAUUUAUCACAGAUGAAUCAAACAUCUUGGCACAAGUCACAUCAUCAGUGCGUGAAAUAUAUGAGGAAUUACUUUUAUUCCCUUAAAAUGAUUCCUUAUUUAAACAGCCCUGGAAAUGUUAAAAAGCAAAUAAGUCGAUGCACAUUAAUGUCACUUUGAGAAGUUAGCUUUACACUGUUGCUGCUUUUAUUAAAGGGAUUGAAAGCUUUUUUUUGGUAUCCUAAAA